AACUACGUACUACCAUGUUUCACUACGAGCAGAAAAAUGCAUUCUUGAUUAUGAAAAUUAAGGCUCUGCAGAAGCAACAUCUGAUGAUCAGCAACACAGUACAGAAGUUGAACAUAAUUUUCAGUUCAUACCUUCUAGCUACGAUAGUAUUAAACUUUUCUGUGGCCAUUCUUGGACUGUACUUCUCCUUCAACAUAAUCCAAUGGUACAAUGGAUUUAUGGAUAUGAAGGAAGAAAUCAAUAACAUGUUCUUAAUAGGCACGACAUAUAGUAUUAUAAAAUUAACGUUGCUCGUGUGGGCUUGCGAGACCGGCAAGAAUCAAGCUCAAGAGAUCCGUACUACGAUUCACGAUGUACUUAACAGCAGCAGAGAUGAGCAAAUAAAAAAUGAGUUGCAGUUGUUUUCUUUACAACUAUUACAUAGCAAAGAUACAUAUUCUGCCAAAGCUUUCAACGUGGACGCAACGUUUCUCGCUGCUAUGGUGGGUACCAUUACUACAUAUAUGUUAAUUGUGCUACAAUUCUUGAAGAUAUCACAAUCUUGCGAUGAAAAAUAUGCAAUUAAUAUUACAUGAAUAAUGUAAGUCUAUAAAGGACUUAAUCGAAGAGAGAUAUUUUUUUUACAUUUGUAAACUGUUAUUCCUAUAGACGUUUUAUUCGUAUAGAUACAUGCACUC